AUGGCACAAAAAAUUGGAGUGGAUAAAGUUGCAUGUAGAUGUGUGAUAAGAAGCACACAUGGUUUACCUUGUGCACAUGAAAUUGCAGAAUUAAUGAUGGAGGGAAGACCAAUUCCUUUAUCAUUUGUGCACCCUUAUUGGACAAAAUUAGAUUUAGUGAAUACUGUUGAUGUGUCCUCAGUGUUAACAAUUGAUCCAGAGUUGGAAAGUCUUUAUAAUAUAUUUCAAUCAGAACCAGAAGGAGGUAAAAUCGUAUUAAAACAGAAGUUGAGAGAAUUAAUAGAUCCAGCUACGACUUCAUUGAUCCCACCAAGUGUGAAAGUUCGGACAAAAGUUAAGACACUGAAUGAAGGUAAACUUUAUCGUACCAGUGUCAAACAGAGAUUGCUAGGCUAUGAUGCUUCAUUCCCAUCAAAAAUACGUCAUUUUAUACAUAAUAUUGUUAAUGUGGAGUCGGAUGGACAUUAUGGAUUUCGUGCUAUUGCUGCGUUACUUGGAAUAAGUGAGCACAACUGGAGGGAUAUUCGUAUGAAUCUGAUUGGAGAGUUGCAUACCUUUCGUGAUGAAUAUAUAGAGUUAUAUGGAACUGCUAUGCGUUGUCUUACUUACCUUCCAUUGAGAUCAGCUGCACCUUCAGUUAUACAACAUAGAAUUAUUACUAUUGGAUUUGUGGAUGAUUGUCAUUUUGUACAGGUAUUUCUUAAAUCAGGUUCACCAAUUCCUCCUGUUGCACGCAAUUGGCAUAAAUAUCGAUAUGAUAUUGCACAGAUGUACGAGACGUGGACGCUUCAAUAUUAUCAGAAGGAUGCCGAGAGCCUAGAAUGCGAUUCACCUCAAGACAUGUCUCUCUCCAUACAUCAGCAGAUACAGGCUCACUACUUGAAAUCGUCUGCUGGAUAA